AUGAUCGGAGGCAUCCAAAUCGACGUCGUUUUCGGGGAUGCGGCUCCGGAAAGCCUCGAGCUUCUCCCAGUAUCCGUUACUAAUUAUGACUUUUUCAAAUCGGAACUUCUCUGCUUAUUCGGGGACUUUGAGCGGAUAGAAUAUGAAGACGAAGAUGGCGACCGGAUGGCGAUACGCGGCGAUGAGCAUCUACGGGCGUUUCUGAAAGAGACGCGCCCGUUGCGGAUAUAUCUGGCAAAGAGACAAGGGAAUAGCCUCGAGGAUUUGCCAAUGAUACUUCCGGGAGAGCUGCGGAAUAUGGGUGUGCUGUCGCACGGGCAAUUCGGGACGGUGUAUAAGUCCCUAUUCCUGCGCCGUGACCUGAUCGUCGCUGUUAAAUGCGUGAAUCUGCGUGACGACGGCGACGGGCACGAGGAUCUGCUGCGUGAACUGCACGUCCUCGCCAAGUGCUGCCGCUCCGAAUAUAUUGUCGAGCUGAUCGGGGCUAUGAUUACUGGGAAUGUGCUGUCGAUUGUGUUGGAGAUGAUGGAUUGUGGAUCGGUGGCCGCUUAUCUUCCCCUGCCACCCCCGAUUCUGCCACACGUCUGCAGGGCCAUUUUGGAGGGGGUCGGGUUCCUCGCUUCGCAAAAUAUCAUGCAUCGAGAUAUUAAACCAGAGAACUGCGUGGCAAGGACGAGCGGCCACGUAAAGCUGACCGAUUUUGGGGUGUCAAAGUUAAUGGAAGGCUCGGUGGCGGACAGCAUUGUCGGCACAAGCGCGUACAUGGCCCCCGAGCGGAUCCAUGGCGGCGAAUACAAGAUUGAGUCCGAGAUCUGGAGCAUGGGGUUGACGUUUCUGGAAUUUGCCACCGGCCGCCAUCCAUUCCUGCGCCCAGGGGAAGAAGAAGCCCACGGAGUUCACGGCAUUAUCCAGAGGGCGUUGAACCAGGAUUGUGUCAUCGAAGCGUCGGCCGUUGCCCAAUACGGCGUCGAUUUCCGGGAGUUGAUGCUUCGCUGCGUGCAGCGCGUCGCCGAAAAGCGGAUCACCCUGGAGCAGAUGACGCAGAGCGCCUAUAUGACUUCCGCCUGGCCGAUAAGACGCGACAUUUUGAGCAAUUUUUUUAGCAGUGCAAAAAAGAAU